AUGCCUCGAGGACGGAAGAGGAGGACGAAGGUCCUCGCUGAAAGCGGAGAAUCCGCCGCUUCCACAGUCGUGGAUGACUCCACGUCGGGCGGCGAGGCGGAAGUGGCGGGAACGACGGUAAGGUCGCCACCGCGGAGUAAAGCGCGUCAUGAUGGCGGAAGAGAGGGAGGGAGCGGGAGUUGUGGCGGGAGUGCCAACGGAGCCUCCGCUGAGAAGGCGGUUACGCGUGCUGGGUCGCCGCGUAACGUAGGGGGUAUUGCGGGAGGGAGCGGGAGUAGUGGCGGGAGUGCCAACGUGGCCUCCGCUGAGAAGGCGGUUACGCGUGCUGGGUCGCCGCGUAACGUAGGGGGUGUCGUGGGAGGGAGCGGGUGUUGUGGUGGGAGUGCCACCACCGAGAAAGCGGUUACGCGCACAGGGUCGCCGCGUCAUGUAGGGGAAAUCGAGGGAGGGAGCGGGAGUUGUGGCGGGAGUGCCAACGUGGCCUCCACAGUUAGAACAGUUGCUCAACCGUCAAGGACGGUUGGCAAAGAAACGGGUGCCGGGCGUGCCAAAGAGGCCUCAAAAAAGCGGGAGUAUUCGCGGGGGGCAGUUGUUGUUGGGGGUGGGGCAGUCAGCCAUGUGGCGGCUGCAAAGCGUAUUACCGGGGAGCUCAAUGAGCUGGUCUUUGAGGCCAAGGGCUUUGAGAUGGAGACCGCGAAGGGGCUGUUGGAGCUUGCCUCAAAGUAUGAGGCGCUCCUGAUGACGGUAAUUACCGAAAAUGCCCAUUUUCGCGGUCAGGUCAAUGCCGGCUCCGUCGGCACCGAUGCCUCCGCCUCCUGCACCUGUGCUGGAUGCGAUCACACCGGUGACGCCGAAGCCUGUGGAGACCUGGUCGGUCGUGGUGAGGAGUAA